GUUUUGUUUACAAAUGCGGAAUGCGGAAAAAGCUGUGAUCGUUUUUGUUUUCUAAACGAAAGUGUAAACGUACUUUGGAAAUAAGUGUGAGAGUUUUUGGAAUUGCUGCAAAUAUGGAGGACAAACAUAUUGAAGAUUUAUCGUUAAAUUUGAAGAACAACACUGGAACUAACGAAAGUGAAAGUGAAGCAGUUAUGUCGAGUGGAGGUCAACAUGAUAAUCAAGUGUAUGCGACGACAAGUGGACUUUCAAAUCCUGCAUACGUCAGUAGUAUGGAUGACCUCACCUCAAGCGUCAUCAAUAGCUAUAAUCAAACAGUAUCAAGUUCUGAUGAUGUAAUCGUAACUGACAUAAAUGAUGAGAAUGAUGUCACUGGAGAGGAUAAUGGUGUGAUGAUGGAUGAUGGGAAUGAUAUCAGAGAAGAGGCUAAUGGUGUGACAAUGGCAGACUUGACUGAUGGGAAUGAUGUCAUUGAAGAGGAUAAUGGUGUGAUGAUUACCAGUGUGAAUGUUGGGAAUGAUGUCAUUGAAGAGGCUAAUGGUGUGAUGAUGGCCGGUGUGAAUGAUGUCAUUGAAGAGGAUAAUGGUGUGAUGAUGACCACUGUGAAUGAUGCGAAUGAUGUCAUUGAAGAGGAUAAUGGUGUGAUGAUGGCCGGUGUGAAUGAUGGGAAUCCUGUCAUUGGAGAUGAUGUCAUGAUGACAGAUAUGAUUUAUGAGAAUGCUGAUGUUGAAAGGGAUAUGAUGGAUGGCCAUGGAUAUUCUAGGAUAGAUGAUGAUGUGCAUUCCAUUGCAUCAACAGACACAUACCGUAGUACUACCAGUAAUAAAGAUGAAGAUACACAAAAUCUUGAAAGGAUCCUGCCUAGUCAUACAGUUCGUGCUAUCCGCAACUUGCCUUCAAAUGAAGAACGAAGAAGAUUCUAUCAAGGAAGGACACCGGAUGGAUCAUUGCGACGUCGUGGUCAUGCCCAAUCUGUGGUGAAUACGAGUGAAUUUAUUUUAGCAGGGGAAGAACGUGGUGUGCAGCAAACAGAAAAUAUCAAACUUCUGGCUACUUCACUUAAGAGAAAGAAAGCUGUCUUAAACGAAGUCAAUCAAAAACAAAAAGAAGAGAAACACAUUAGUGCCUUUCGCUACUUCAGACUUAGAGUUGCAGCUAGUUGGCAAAGGUUUCGAAAGAAUGUGGCCACAGCCAUUAAAGAUCAUGAACUUUGGAUUGAACCACUGAAGAAAAUUCAAGGAAAAUUUGGUACAGGUGUAUUGUCUUACUUUGUGUUCCUUCGUUGGUUGUUCUUCCUGAAUAUUCUGAUAUUCCUUCUUGUAUUACUGUUUAUCUUUGUUCCACAAAUUAUUCAUGAACGCAGUACAGACACUGCCAAUUCUACUGACUUCAAUGGCAAAAAUCUCUUGGAUGGAGCGGGUUGGUUUAACACCACUGAACUAUAUUAUGGACAGUACACUAACAAAACCAUUGAGGUGGCUGAUGGUUAUUAUUAUCAGAUGCCUUUGGCCUAUCUUCUCACUUGUGCUAGUUAUUUUUUGCUUUGUUUGAUUAUAAUGGCAAGCAGCAUGGCAAGCUAUUAUGAAAAAUACUAUCUACGUGGAGCCAACGAAACCGAUGAUUUGCCUCUAAAAAUCUUAAAUGCUUGGGAUUAUAACAUUAAUGAUAAAGAGGGAUGUUCAAUAAAACAACAAAGCAUAGCAAAAGAUAUUGAGGAAACUUUGGCUGCGACGAAAACGGAAGGAAGAGAUCUAAACCGUUCACAAUCGUGUAAUUUAAUAAUACUACGAUUAUUCACAAACUUUCUAUCUUUGUCUCUUAUUGGAGCUGCAACAUAUGUCAUUGUAGAAGUAGUUUCUGGUAUUUCAAUAGAGGACGAUGCAAAUCUACUUAAAGAGCUUCUUUUACCAUUGUCAGUUUCGUUUUUAAAUCUUUUACUUCCUGCGAUGUUUCGUAUAAUUGCAAGCUUUGAGAACUAUCAAAACGGCGAAACAGCAAUUAACGUUUCUCUUGCAAGGACUGUCCUUUUAAAGGUUUGUACUCUCGCUGGGAUAUUUGUUUCGCUCUAUCGAGAUAUAGGAUGUGCGAGCGAAAAAGAAAAAAAGAAAUGUGUGAUUUUCUACUGUUGGGAAAACUACGUAGGACAGACAUUUUACAGACUUGUGUGGGUCGAUUUUGCAUUCAUAUUAUUGGCAACAUUUUUGGGUGAAUUUGUUCGACGACUUUUAGCCAACAAUAUUCAAUGGUGGCGAAAAAAUAUUGGUUUUCCCGGUUUUGAUAUUUCGCGAAAUGUCUUGGAUCUUAUAUAUGCACAAUCCCUUUGUUGGUUUGGAACAUUUUUUAGUCCUUUAUUGUCGUUCAUUUGUCUAUUCAAACUGUGGAUUUUGUUUUAUGUGAAAAAGACAAGCGUCUUAAGGAAUUGUCGACCAAGUGUUCGGCCUUUUCUCGCAUCGAAAAUGAACAUAAUAUUUUUGGGAUUACUUGCAGUAUCAUAUGCCUUAAUUUUAAUUUCAUUUGGUUACGCCAUUACCUCAGAAAGUCGAUUCGGUCCGUCAAAUUGCGGACCGUUCCGAAACAGGGAAACUAUCUAUCAGGUUGUUUUGGAUAACAUUGAUGAUUUCCCUAAAGUCCUAAAAGAAAUCAUUCGUAUCGUUUCAUCGCCAUUCGUUGUAUUUUUCAUAUUCAUCGUUCUCAGUUUGCUCACUUACUACUAUAAACUGUUGAAGUCGUCGAACGAACAGAAAAUAAAAUUGUUCUUGGAACAAAUUGCUUUGGUGGGAAGAGACAAAAACUAUUUGAUGGCGAAAAUAAACAAAAACGUAGCAACGCGGGCUCAACAACAAGUUUUAUGAAUUUGUCCCUGUAUAAAUAAGUAUUAUUCAUUGUAACUAUGUAAGUCAUUCCUGUAAACUUCAUUAAAUAUUGUAAGUUAUAAUCACCUUAUGUUAAUUUUAGAAAAACUAUACUAUAUAACUGACUCACUUGCACUUUUUAGGAAUAGAUUAUUUAUGUAUUUCAACUUGUAGAUAGAAUUUUAGAUUUAAAUCGUAGUGUGUUUAUUUUAAAAAUUAUAAUAUCCAAUAAUUAAUGUAACUAAUAAAAAACAUUUCGCUUUUAAUGAUAUUAUUUACGUGUUUGGACAGCCAAAA